AAGCGCCCGUGAGGAGGUGGAGAGAGGCUGCAGGCACUGAUCUGCCUUCAGCUUCCUGCUUGGCAAACUCCGAAAACUUUCACUUUUCUUUUCUCUGAAGCCCGGCCCCUUACUGCGUUUGUCAAAGCACGGACUUCCUGUUUUGCCUGCUACCAUCUCCCUGUAACUCUCCCAAUCUUCGAGGAGUGAUCCCCGGCCCAGCUCCUGGAAAGGGGCAGGAACGACAAACUCAACGUCCAGGAUGUUCACCAUGACAAGAGCCAUGGAAGAGGCUCUUUUUCAGCACUUCAUGCACCAGAAGCUGGGGAUCGCCUAUGCCAUACACAAGCCAUUUCCCUUCUUUGAAGGACUCCUAGACAACUCCAUCAUCACUAAGACAAUGUACAUGGAAUCUCUGGAAGCCUGUAGAAAUUUGGUCCCUGUAUCCAGAGUGGUGCACAACAUUCUCACCCAACUGGAGAGGACUUUUAACCUGUCUCUUCUGGUGACAUUGUUCAGUCAAAUUAACCUGCAUGAAUAUCCCAAUCUGGUGACGAUUUACAGAAGCUUCAAACGUGUUGGCGCUUCCUAUGAACAGCAGAGCAGAGACACACCAGUCCUACUUGAAGCCCCAACUGACCUAGCAGAAGGAAGCUCCCUCCGUACCCCACUGGCGCUGCCCCCACCACAAUCCCCUCAACCAAGCUCUUCACCCUGUGCGCCAAGAGUCAGUGAGCCUGGAACAUCCUCGCAGCAAAGCAAUGAGAUCCUGAGUGAGUCGCCCAGCCCAUCUGACCCUGUCCUGCCUCUCCCUGGACUCAUCCAGGAAGGAAGAAGCACUCCAGUGACCAAUGAUGAGUUAACAUCCAAAAUGAAUGAGGAAGACGACUCAGAAGAGAUGCCCAGCCUCCUCGCUAGCACCGUGCCAGUGGCCAGUGACGACCUGAUCUCCCAAAUAAAAGAUAAAGAAGACCCCCAAGAGAUGCCCCACUCUCCGUUGGGCUCUAUGCCAGAGAUAAGAGAUGAUUCUCCAGAACCAAAUGACCCAGAAAAGCCCCAGGAGGUGUCCAGCACACCUUCAAACAAGAAAGGAAAGAAAAGAAAAAGAUCUGUCUGGUCAACUCCAAAAAGGAGACAUAAGAAAAAAAGCCUCCCAAGAGAUGCAGCCUCACCUAGACAUGGAAUCCAAAAGAAGCUCAAAGUGGUGGAUCAGGUUCCUCAAAAGAAAGAUGACUCAACUUGGAACUCCACGGUAGUGACAAGGGUCCAAAAGGCGAGAGCUGAAUGUGCCCGAAACUCCAGAUCAGAGGAGAUUAGUGAUGACACUUCAAAAAUGAAUGAAGGAAAGAGGUCCCAGAAGACGCCUAGCACACCAUCAAGGGUCACACAAGGGGCAACCUCACCUGGGCAUGGCAUCAAAGAGAAGCUCCAAGUGGUGGAUAAGGUGACUGGAUGGAUAGACGACUCAACCUGGAACUCAGAGGUCAUGAUGAGCAUCCAAAAGGCAAGAACUGAAUGUGCCCAGAAGUCCAGAUCAAAAGAAAAGAAAAAGGAAAAAGAUAUCUGUUCAAGUUCAGAAAGGAAAUUUCAGAAAAAUAUUCACUGAAGAAGAAAACCCAAAAGUGACACUGUGGAUUUUCACUGUUCUAAGCUCCCCGUGACCUGUGGUGAGGCGAAAGGGAUUUUAUAUAAGAAGAAAAUGAAACACGGAUCCUCAGUAAAGUGCAUUCAGAAUGAGGAUGGAACUUGGUUCACACUAAAAGAAUUUGAAAUGGAAGGAAAAGGAAGAAACACAAAGAAUUGGAAUCGGAGUAUACGUUGCGGAGGAACGACCCUAGCAGAGCUGCUGAAAAAUGGACUUUUGCUCUGUCCUCCAAGAAUAAAUCUCAAGAGAGAGUUAAAUAGCAAGUGAAUUUCUACUACCCUCUCAGUCACCAUGUUGCAGACUUUCCCUGUCUGGAGGCUCACCUUAGAGCUUCUGAGUUUCCCAGCUCUGAGUCACCUCCACAUUUGGGCAUGGCAUCUUCAAAACAAUUUUCGUAGUUAAUUUGGGAUGGGGAAGCAAAUGACUCUAAAAUAAAAAUUAAAUGAAAAAGCU